ACCCGGGUUUUAUGAAACGAUCGAAUUACACAGGUCUAGUUUUCUCCUCGGUUUUUACUUUUUACUUUGAGUCGAGAUCCUGAAUAAUCUACUGGCCUCCUUGCUACCAGUGACUGUUUCUGUGAGAAACUCAACGUAUUAUCAUGUCUCAAGUGAGAAAGUGUUGUGUUGUUGCUUGCAAUGCUACCAGCGAGACUCAUCGUCUUUUUUACUUGCCAAAGAACGAUAAAUUACGAGAAUUGUGGUUGACUUUCUUGAUUCCUGUGAAUGUAAAGCUCAGUGGUUUGUCGAAGGCACAAUUAGUGACUAAACAAGUAUGCCAAAAGCACUUCGACAGACAUCAGUUUGACAAUCAGGGCAACCGGCUUGCGCAUGGUUAUCCAUGCUUGUUUACUGAAGAUGAAAUACUUCACGGAGUUCCUUUGAGCACAUUAGCUGAACAUGACUUGAGGGAUCAUAAUUAUGCUUUACAACCAACCAACUUGGAAGAUACAACCGUUUUCACUGAAAGUACCAUUGUUAUUGCUAAAGACUCCAUGAAAGAUCAUGACUAUGCUUUGAGUUAUCAAAUCGAAGGGUCUGUCGACCUUGCAGAAGGGACAUCAACUAAUGUGAAAACUGACGGUAAAUGUAAUCCUACUGUAUCAGAAAUGCAAACACAUGAAACAUUGGAAAUUCUUGACAACCAGCCUGUAUCAAUAUUAGGAACUGUAUCAACAGGUAAUAUAUAUUUUACUGGAUAUAAUAUUAUAUUUGUUUCAAAAAUAGAUAGUUACAUUAUCAGGAAAUAUCAUGAUAGAAGGUCACACAGCACAGUGGGUAGUGACCCUGCUUCCUGCGUCCAAGGUUUAAUUUCCAUAACUGAGAAAUAUUUUUGUGAUGAGCAUAGGUAUAUUUAGUGUCUGGGUGAAUUUAUGUACUUAGUAUAUUAUAACUUUAAGAUAAAAUCAGCUAUUUUAGUACCCAUAAUGCAGGUUAUAUAGUAUA